AUGUUCAGUGCAGGAGCUAGUGAGGAAGCGUACCUCCAGCAGCUACGCGGCAUCCGCCAAAAACUUCACCUGAAGAACAGUGAGGUGUGGGAGCAAACUGUGGAUUCUUAUUUGUGUGAUGCGGUAGAUUUUCUCAAGGGGAGUGGGCCUGGCAGUGGAGACAGCGGUGACUUCUUUGACGACGCUGAAACGACGCUGCUUCGUGAGAUCAGCGAUGACUCCCGUUUGAAUAUGCCCGACAACGAAGUGCAACCUGCGCCGUGGACCCAAGAUUCCGCGAGCAGAGUGAUUUACCGCUACUCGCUACUUUCCAGUGGGCAAGACGGUGAGAUGGCUUGUGCUAAUGAUCAGUCGCUGGGGCUGCAGGAGCUCUUGGGACAGCACGUGUCGAAGUGGGUCAAGAAGCCGGAAGCGCUGAUGACCCCCACAUCUACCCGUCAGGGAUCGGCCUCUGCAACGUCGUCUGAUUCAGCUUUUGACUCAACGUCGCCAACCCCCACAGAAUUAUCUGAUUCAGCAGUAGACCCGACAGCACCGAACUUCAAAGCGCCACGUGAAUCAGCAGGAGACUCCACAGCACCAACCCCCGCACCGCUACCUCCCGCCGGCUCGGGUGUCCCCCUUCCCCCAACUACAGCCGGAAAGAGUCAUCAAGAUUGUUCGCGGCUGUCGCGGAAACGCUCUUACCAGUUUCUCAAAUCGUAA